UGAGGGGAGUCGAGUCUCCCGCGCCCCACCAUCCUUGCCGGAGUUGCUGCUGAGUCGCUCGUGCUGAGCCGCUCGUUCUGAGCCCUGGCUGGCAAUAAAGUUCGUUAAAAAAAUCAUAGUCAUUUUUAAGAGAGUGAAAGAGGGCGCGAGCCAGCCGGGCGGCCCCGCCGGGGGGAGCUGGCGCGCUGGGAGGAGGAGGAGGAGGAGGUGGCGGCGGCGGCAGCGGUUGCGCCGCGACCAGGAGGAGCCGGUCGCGCCGGGCGGCGGGUCCGUGGCCAGCGGGGACGAUUUGAGAAGAUCUGAUCACCUGGAAUUAAAGUUGGUUCAGAAACCUUUUCAACUGCAAAAAUGUUGGAGGAAGAUAUGGAAGUGGCUAUCAAGAUGGUGGUUGUAGGGAAUGGAGCAGUUGGAAAGUCAAGUAUGAUUCAGCGAUAUUGCAAAGGCAUUUUUACAAAAGACUACAAGAAAACCAUUGGAGUUGAUUUUUUGGAGCGACAAAUCCAAGUUAAUGAUGAAGAUGUCAGACUAAUGUUAUGGGAUACAGCAGGUCAAGAGGAAUUUGAUGCAAUAACAAAGGCCUACUAUCGAGGAGCCCAGGCUUGUGUGCUUGUAUUUUCUACCACAGACAGGGAAUCUUUUGAAGCAAUUUCCAGUUGGAGAGAGAAAGUCGUAGCUGAAGUUGGAGAUAUACCAACUGUGCUUGUGCAAAACAAGAUUGAUCUCUUGGAUGACUCUUGUAUAAAGAAUGAGGAAGCUGAGGCACUGGCAAAAAAGUUAAAGCUAAGAUUCUACAGAACAUCAGUGAAAGAAGAUCUAAAUGUGACUGAAGUAUUUAAAUAUUUGGCUGAAAAAUAUCUUCAGAAACUCAAACAGCAAAUAGCUGAGGAUCCAGAAUUAAUGCAUUCAAGUAGUAACAAAAUUGUGCUUUUCAGAUGGAGUGACAUCUUUGGUGGAAAAAUUCCUGCCUUGUGGACUUGUUUUAAUUUUUUUGCAUCAGACGAAGCUUCUCCUGUUUUUGAAGGAAUGGUCCAUAAGAAGUGUCAAAAAACAGGUUUUGCUGAAUUUGAAACGCUGGAAAACAUAACUGAAAUGCCUAAAUAUGUUGGUACAGAUUUUAAUAUUAUGGGUCAAGGAAAGAUAGCAAGCAUUCUUUUUCUGAAGUUGGUCAUAUAGCUUUUUGGAAAGUAGUACUGAAUCUGAAUACUUACAAAAAAAUAAUAUUGAAAGGUAAGCUCUAAAUCUUGCCAGACUGCAUUGGGGUGUAUUUUGGCAAUGUUACUUGUGCAAUAUCUGUAUAAUUUAGAAUGUGGAGGUAUGCAUGCAGACAUCUGGUACUGAAAUAUACUGACGGUAUGCUCAGUAUUUAAGGAAACAUAGAAUCUAAUUCAUUCAUAAAAUCAUUUACACAUUGUGUGUAUGUUAAAAGUUUUUAUUUUCAAAUAAGAAAUUCCAGACAUAUAUUUUGCAAAAUGAGCUCAGAUUUUAAAAGUGCUUUGUGCCAAAUAUAUCAUACCUAAUUUUUACAGUGCUUUACUAUCAGAAUUUAUAUUGUUUAUAAUGUCUUUUAAAAGCAGUUUCCCUCUCUGACAGAGUAGAUACAAGUCGAGUAUAAAUGUUUUAAUGCUAGAAUAUCUCCCAGGUGAGACCUGUUGCAAAAUCUCUCUCCUGCGUCCAUCCAUAAGUGCGGUGAGCUUGUGCUGGCCAGGUCACAGCGCACCUGCAGUUAUCCCUUAGGUCCUGUGAAGUGCGGUGGUACUUCCAGUACCUUUCGCUGCUGACUGAAACGCAACUUUGAACUUUUAAGAUUGUGCUAAUAAUGUUUUUAAAUGCAGAAGAAAUGAUCUUUGGUCUUAAUCUGCAUUAUGGAUUUUAUAAUGCCCUGCAACUCUAAAGCAUCUUUUCGUUUACACAUUUUGUAUGGUAUUUUAAGAUUAUCACUUAAAAAUUUCUAUAAACUUCGGUUUGUAUAGCACUUUCUCAAGAGCUCUGUUAACACCAAAUACAAAAUAAUUUCUUUUAAGAAACGAUUUUCAUACGUAAUCAUGUGACAGCAUAAAUUUUGUGACUUGGGACAGGAGCUUUCCAACUAAGAUAACUGCAUGAACUCUGUUAAAAAGUGAUUAUCAUUCAUCAGUGACUUUGUUUUUAACCCUUGCUAUCUACCUGGUUUUUACAGGAUUUCAAGAUAUGUAAAAAUAACUUUUUUUGGAAAAUGUGUCAAAGUCGUUUUUCAUUAUUUGUACUAUAUGCAUAAUGUUAUAUGUAUUUCUUUUGUAUGUUUUCUCUCUCUCUCUCUCUCUCUCUCUCUCUCUCUCUCUCUGUCUCAAAGUUUUCCAUCCGCACCGUCCUCCUCCCUCUGUCCAGAUUACUAUUAAGAAGAUAAUAGAAAUUUCUGGGGCAAGUCCUUAGUAAGUGGUCAAGAGUGAAUGUUUGCCUUUUCAUAAUACUGAAACAAUCUGGCAUUAUCUAUUUUAAAGUAAUAUAACAAGUUAAUUUUUAUGUCACCAGUUGUCUCCACACCCAUUGCUGGCAGUGGGAUAGGUGUUGGGGGAAACAAACUCAGUGCCUAACAAUGGGUACCCUGUUAAUGAUUCAUCUUUCCUUUUUUUCUCUCUUAAAAUACGGUCUCUUUAUUUUGCACAAAAUAUAUUUUGUGGCGAAUUGUUUUGUGGUCUUUAGUAGCCAAAGAAAAUCAUGUAUGUAAUAUGUUCACAUGUGUUCUAUUUCAGAUUAAUUAAAUGUGUGUGGGAAAGAGUUUGCUAGUUUUCUAUAUAAUCUCUGAUGAUUGUUGAAGUUUCCUGAUAUUUGUAAUAUAAUUUUACAUACUUA